GCAUGAGGGCAGAGUCAUGGCCACUGCUGCUGACUACGGACACAACUCCUGGGAGCUCAGCAUCCAGGUGGACCAGCGUGAGGGAGAUGAAGGCAUGAAGUUUAAAUUGCGGGUCAAGGGGGAUCUUCACAUCGGGGGUCUCAUGCUCAAACUCGUGGAGAAGAUCAAGGCUCCUCAGGACUGGUCUGAUCACGCCAUCUGGUGGGAGAAGAAGAGCUGCUGGCUGCUGAAGACUCACUGGACUCUGGAUAAGUAUGGAGUCCAGGCGGACGCUGACCUGCGCUACACUCCCCAACACAAACCCCUCUGCAUCCAGCUGCCCAACAUGAAGACCGUCAGGCUCCCUGUUAGCUUUUCUUGUGUGGUCUUUAAAGCCGUGGCUGAGAUCUGCAAAGCACUCAACAUCAGAAGAUCAGAAGAACUUUCUUUACUGAAACCACCAGAUGAUCCAAAGAAGAAAAAGAAAAAAGACAAGGGCACAGAAUCAGCUUUUGAUGACAUAUUAAACAUGGACAUGGCAGGAGGAGCCCUGGGUCUGUACAGUAAAACUAUGACUCCGACCUAUGACCCGGACAGCGGGUCGCCUGCAUCUUCCACCAGUCUGUGGUUCGGAGAGAAUCCUCUGAUGGCCUGCCAACCCAACCUUCCACCAGAGGAACUGGCCAAACUCUUCAAGCCUCUUACCCUGGAGGAUAAAGCAGCCAUUAAUGCUGGGUGGCUGGAUUCCUCUCGCUCGCUGAUGGAACAGGGAAUUCAGGAAAACGACAGACUCCUGCUGCGAUUCAAGUACCACAGCUUCUUCGACCUCAACCCAAAGUAUGAUGCUGUGAGAAUCACGCAGUUGUAUGAACAGGCCAGAUGGGCGAUACUGCUGGAGGAGAUCGACUGCACUGAAGAAGAGAUGCUCAUGUUUGCAUCCCUGCAGUAUCACAUCUGUAAAUUGACCUUAUCAACGGAGCCACUGACCAAUUCCAACGAACCAGAUAUUGAUGAAGUCGAGGCUGCGCUCUCAAACUUAGAAUUCACCCUGGAAGGACGAAACCCUGAUAAGAUCCUGGAAGAUAUCACUGACAUCCCAAAGCUGGAAGAUACACUUAAAUUGUUUAGGCCCAAGCGAUUGACAUUAAAGCCGUAUAAGGAAUACUGGUUUGUUUUUAGGGACACCACCAUUUCUUACUAUAAAAACAAAGAGUCUGCGAAUAAAGAACCCAUUGAGCAACUCCAUCUACGAGGAUGUGAGGUCAUUCCUGAUGUCAACGUCACUGAGAAGAAGUUCGGCCUCAAGCUGUUACUGCCAGCGGCUGAUGGAAUGAACGAGGUUUAUAUUCGCUACGACAAUGAAACGCAGUAUGCCAAGUGGAAAGCUGCCUGUAUUUUGGCCUCCAAAGGAAAGACGAUGGCCUACAGCUCGUACCGCACCGAGGUGAAGAACAUCCAGUCUUUCCUGCAGAUGAAGAGUCUAGCGCCUCCUCCGAAUGCCGAGUGCUUCGUUUCUCCCCGAUAUGCAAAGAAGUACAAGACCAAACAGCUGACCACGCGAAUCUUGGAGGCCCUUCACAAUAUUUCCCAGCUUUCCCUCAUGGAGGCCAAAAUGCGUUUUAUUCAAGCAUGGCAGUCCCUGCCCGAAUUUGGCAUCAAGUACUAUAUUGUCAGAUUCAGAGGAAGCAAGAAAGAUGAGCUCUUGGGAAUCUCCUACAACAAGCUGAUCCGCAUCGACAUGUCAACCGGUUUGCCGGUGACCACCUGGAGGUUCUCCAACAUGAAACAAUGGAACGUCAACUGGGAGAUUAAACAGGUGACCAUUGACUUUGACCAGAGCGUGUCAAUUGCGUUCUCCUGCCAGAGCUGCGACUGCAAAGUGGUUCACGAGUAUAUCGGAGGCUACAUUUUCCUUUCCACACGCUCAAAAGACCAAAAUGAAACAUUACGUGAAGAACUCUUCCACAAGCUCACGGGAGGACAAGACUGACCUCAAAUCAACAUCAGCCUUUAGAAAAGCAAGAAUAAAUUGAUAGUGUUUUUUAAAUUUGCCAAAGUCAUUUUAUAUUAGUUUUAAGACACACAGAAGCCUUGUGCACAAGAGAGUAAACAAAUCAAAGGAUCCAAGCCAUAUUUUGGAUCUGAAACAAUAUAUUUGCUGACUCUUGACAUCUUUAUAAGUUGUUUUUGCAUCUGAACAAUGUACAUAAUUUACAGCACACAUUUCCAUACAUGAAUUUGCGUAAUAGAUAUGGGGUUUGGAUUUAAACGAUUUGCUAGUUUCCAACUGAAGGUUUCUUUGAAGUUGUGUACUAACAAAGUGCUUUUUACAGUUCAGUUUUUCAAAUGUAAAUAUGUUUACAUUAAAUGCUUCACCAAAAUGUCUAGGUCCUUUGGCUUGUUUUAUGAAAAAAUAUAU